UAUUAACAAUCAAGCUCGCCAAAUUUUAAUUUCCGGCAAAAUGACAGCUCAUCCAAAAAUUGUUUUAUUUUGUCAUUUCUUAUGAUUUUUGUCAACAACAAAUUCAUCAUAUCGAAAAUGGCUGUAUCAGAAACAAAUGCGAUUCUGCUGUUCACAUGUCUUUACCUGUUCUUCGCAAUUUUAUUGAUCGCUCCACCAACCGAAUUUAUAUCAGCAGGGCUCACUGUUCAGAACGUGUUCUCCAAUUUUCUUGGAAGUGAAGACAUAAACUUUAUUUACUAUCACAUUAGACGAACAUCAAUCACUUUGAUAUUUCAUAGUACAUUACUGUUGUGUUACUAUGUUGUUUUGGGACUGUUUGCUCCACACCUGCAAUUAUUUACUCCAUGGCUUGCUCCUGCUGGUUUCCAGCUUCUCCUUGUAUCAACUAUAACCAUAGCAACUGCAGCAUGUCUUCAAGUCUUCUACUGGUCUAGAAAUAAUUGGGACAACCAUUCUAUUGCUAAGCAACUUGGUUACCUUGGUGAUGAGAACAGUAACUGGAGAGCGGUUGCAGCAUCUAUAAACAUAGAAUUUCGUAGAAUCGACAAAUUUUCAUCUGGAAUACCAACAGGACGCAGAGUUAUAGUGACGGAUUCGUGGGUGAUUAAAACCUCAACAUAUUUUGUGUAUGUUGCUCAUCAAAAUGAUAUUCAUCUGACACUUGCAGCAUCAGAAGAACAUAAUAUAUCGUAUGAAAACAUGACUUCUGUCCAGUUUGUGCAUAUAGAUGUUGCCAGUAUAAAUCAAAAAAUAUCACCUUUUAGAUUAAGGUUAAAUGCCUUAGACUACAGAGACUUGAAGGAAAAAUUACAAGCUCCUGUAAGAAAUGCCAGAAAUAUAGUGAUACGACAGUCAAUGAGUGAACAGUUUUUACAAGCAUUUGCAGAGCAGGUGUCAUUAAAUCCAGUCUUUCAUCCCCCUGAUGGAAUGGAGAUUGAUACCUGCAUUGGCUGCAUGCAGAAAGAAUCGGACGUAAAACUACAGAAACACUGCAGUGAACAAGAUGUUGGAGAAUGUGUACAGUGUUACUGUAGACCUAUGUGGUGUUUAGAGUGUAUGGGAAAAUGGUUUGCCAGUAGACAAGAUCAACAAAGACCAGAUACCUGGUUGUCUAGCAGGUCACCUUGUCCUACAUGUAGGGCUGUCUUCUGUAUUCUAGAUGUGUGUAAAAUUCAGGUGUGAAACUAGAAACUGUAAUAAAUUCUUUUCACAUGUGCAACUUGAUAUGUCAACAUUCCCUCUUCCCUAGGCUGGCAAAAUUCACCUUUUUCAGCUAAACUUCAAAUGGAAUCACAAAUGGAGAAAAAUGAACUUCAUAUAUGAUGUCAUUUAAAUAAAGAUUUAUUUAAAUUUAUAUCAGGUUAAGAUGGGGAUUUUGUCCUACAGCAGCAGAGGUUUACCUACCUUAGAUUGAUCUUUGAAUCUGUAACUACCGGUAACAGAUUAUGGAUGGACAAUUGUUAGAAAAGUUUUUCUUUUCUUAUUGGAGAAGCGCAGGCUUUAGAUUGUGGACAGAGGACAGUGACAGUUAUGGUGCAAUAAAGCCCAAAGUUUCUUUCCUUAGUUAUGUAACACAGUGAAUUAUUUUGUAAAUACUUAUGCUAUGUACAGUCAGGGGUGUAACUGUUUCAAGUUAUCGCAUUUUGUAACCCAUUUGAGUUAUUGCUUAUUCUUUCAUAACUUGUUUCAGUUAUCAUAAAAUAUUACAAAGCCUUCCUGUGCCAAUUCCGCAUUUUGAAUGAGACUAACGCAAUUAUUUCCUGAAUCCUUGAACUUUUAUCUUUCAAGCUAUGCAGUAAAAUUGUUUACGCAAGGCUGAUAAAGGUUUACGCAAAAGUUUUAAAGCUAUAAAACUCUUAACAUCCCAUUAUGCUUAUCAGUUCAUGAACAGACUAAAAGAGAAUUUGAUUAACCACAGUUUGCUACUAAUUUCACUUUAAAGGUCACUUUGUGAGAACAGGUAAAAGACUUUUUGAAUAACUUACCUGAGUUAACUAUAUUUUAUUACUAAUACAGGUUAUAAAAUGCUUGCAAAAGUAACUGAAAUAGGUUACACAACUUAUAUCAGUUGCACCCCUGACUUAUGUAUCAACAGAUAGUUCUAGGUAGACCCUAAAGAAAAAAGAACAUUUUUUACAACAAGUUAAGUAUGUAAGUGUUCAAAGUUGAUGAGAAUCUGUAUUUAUUUGUGAUACAUCUGUAUAAAACAAGUUUUACUACUCUAACUACAGAUAUCCCACUGUUCUCUAUUAUUUUGGCUUGUAGAGAUCCUGCUUAUUAUCUGAAGGAGCAGGUGACCAGACAAAACUUUUAUGCAGCCUCAGAUUUGACAUAGUGUUGACUUCCUAUUAUACUCUGAAAUCAGAUUACUAUUGUGCGCAUGAAAUGUUGUAGUUUUGGCCAAAAUGGUAGUUUAGUUGGGAUUCAGCUGUGAAUUUAGAUUUUGAAGAUAAAGUGAAUAAGAAUUAUUUGUUGGUACUAUUUGAUGGAUUGAUGCAACUAUAAAAUCAAGGAAAAUUAAUCUCUGCAAUUGUUAAAGCUUUCACAACUUGUUAACUCAGUAUUUGCCUUAACUUAAAAGUUUUUGCUCAGCAGUAUGGAAACCACAUGUAUGUUAUUGCACUAUAUUUGCUGUUCAGCUAAGAUCAAAUAACCUGCAGGUUAUCAAGAGGAGGGACAGUGUAAGAUUUUACAGCCAAUUUUUCUAAAUUUUGUUUUGGGUUUUAGGAAGGACAUGAGCUUAAACCAUUGUGCAAGUUAUCUGGCUGAAAUUAUGGUCCGACUGUUUUGUUGUUGUUAUGCUUAUUAUGUAAUUCCAAAAAGUGAAAUAAAAUACUAUAUGAAGUAGG